CUCUCUUUUUCUUUUCUUUUUCCUUUAGACAAGUAUGAACAAUUCUAAUCUAUUAUUAUAAUAUCAUGUCACAUAUAAAUGAUAAUGACUAUUUACCAAGUUAUGAAGAAUCGAUAUGUUGUCCUCCUAAAAAGGAUAAAUUGGUAGAAAAUAUGACAGUCCAUUUAUUAAAUACUUUUAGAAGGAUAAAUCCAUGCUUUGAAUAUAAUACAUCACGUAAUCCCAAAAGAAUAUUAACUAAGCCUAGUCUAGCAUGUAAAAAUGAUGGAUAUGACAAUGAAUAUUCAGAUUAUAUAUUAUAUGUAAAUGACUGGAUUGGUCCUAUUCAUGAUGAAAGAAGAUAUUUAAUUAUUGAUCUACUGGGUUCUGGUACUUUUGGUCAAGUUGUGAAAUGUAAAGAUACAGAAACAAAUGAACUCGUAGGCAUUAAAGUCAUAAAGAAUAAACCAGCUUAUACAAAGCAGAGUCUAUUAGAAGUAGACGUAUUAGAACAUUUAAAUAACGUGAGUGACCCUUAUGAUGAACAUCAUAUUUUACGACUCUAUGAUUCUUUUAUGUUCAGAAAUCAUUUAUGUCUCGUUUUUGAACUCUUGUCUGUUAAUCUUUAUGAAUUACUUAAACAGAAUCAUUUUAAAGGCUUUUCAAUUUAUUUAGUUCGAUUAUUGGCUAUGCAACUCUUAGAUACUUUAUCAACGACAAAGAAGUAUAAUAUCAUACAUUGCGAUCUAAAGCCAGAAAAUAUUUUAUUGAAAAGUUUAGAUGAUGACGAAGAUAAUGAUUCAAGUAUACCUGAAAUUAAGGUCAUUGAUUUUGGUUCUGCUUGUUAUGAAUUUGAACAAAGUUAUAGUUAUAUUCAAAGUCGAUUCUAUAGAUCUCCUGAAGUUUUGUUAGGCUUAACGUAUACAACUGCAAUUGAUAUGUGGUCCUUUGGUUGUAUAGUGGCUGAACUUUAUUUAGGUUUACCAUUAUUUCCUGGAAGUUCUGAAUAUAAUCAAUUAUCUAGAAUUAUUGAAACUGUAGGACAUAUUCCAGAUUACAUGAUACAGAAUGGAAAAUAUAGUCAUCGUUAUUAUAAUCGAUACAAGUCUAAAGAUCCAAUAACAGGUCAAGUAAAAGUAAGCUAUCAAUUAAAAGAUAUGACUCAAUACUCUGAAGAAAGGAAUAAAGUCGAAAGAGAAAGUAAACGCUAUUUUUCGACCUAUGUAUUGGAUGAUCUUGUCUUGAAGUACCCUCAUCGAUUACAACAAGCUAACUGUGAAGAUGAAAUAGAUCAAGAGAUGGAGUUACGAAAACAGUUGUUAGAUUUCUUAAAGAAAGUAUUACAAGUGGAUCCAUUAAAGAGAUUGACGCCUGAUGAGGCUAUGAAGCAUCCCUUUAUUACAUACUCAUGCUUUGAAAGUGUAAAGGAUCAAGAGGUAACAACAGGGAUGAGUCGUAAUAGUUCUCAAGAUGAACUUUUAUUAUCAUCAUUUGGAAAGAAAAAUGAUGAAGAGAAUGAUUAUAUGUCAUCUGAGGAUGAAAUGUCUUCCAUGCUUACUCACUUUAGAAGAAAAUCAAUUGCGAGAAGUAGUUUGAGUGUAUCUCCUUUUUCAAGAAAGAGAUUUGAAUCACUUCAAAAAAAUUCUUUAUUAGCGUCACCUUCUAUGGAAGAAGAAGAAGAUCAUAACGAAGAUGUGAUAACAUCUCCAAAUCUAUCAUCAACAAGUAAUAGCUUAAGAUUACGAAAUAAUAGAACUAAAAUGCAACAAUGACUAACCUGUAACAAGUUCUUAUCAGAUUUAGAAUUUAAACUAUUUUAAUAUUACUUAAUAAAAUAUAUUAUAAUAUCGUGUUGUUUCCACACCAAACUGCUA